AUGCACUUACUAGAAGCAAAAAUAGCAAGAACACUAAGAUAUUUUUUAACUAGUUUGAGAGAAUUAAAAAUUGGACUUAAUGCUUUUGCUACUAUAAAAGGAGAUCUCACUACUAAAUAUAAGAUUCUUAAACAUAUUAUUAGAAAAGAAAUUUUUUGA